AUGGAUGGCAAGGUUUACGGAGUUCUUGAGAUCUACGGCCUCGAGGGGAGCACAGGGAGUGGACCGGGUUUUGGACAACCUGGGUAUUCCUCCCAUCCCACCGAGGGAGUCAAGGACUAUAUCAUCGACAACGUGGCAACAACAAGGAUUCUCACCACCGGAGAAUCUACCACCUCCGGUUGCAUCAGUGCCACCAGUUCCAGGUUCGUGGACAAAUCAGCCAGCUGGUAUGGAAGCAACACCUUUGUUUGGCCAAGCAGAUUUGAUGAGAAUGAGGAGAUCGCAACUGGAAUAUCCGCAGCUAUAUGGCAGCUUGAAGAGUACAAGGCAAGGCAGCAGCAACAAGUGGAGACAACAGCAAACCCCGACGCCUACGCCAUCUCAGAGAACGACCUCACCGGUUCUUUGGCAAGACGGCGAAGGGAUGCAAUCGUGCAGGGAAAUGCCCUUUUCUACAUAGUUGGGAAGGUAACCAAUGUGACUGCGUCUGCGACGGAGACCUCUGCAAGCUCUGUUGACAUCAAGGAUGUGUUGGCGGAUGUUGGCAAAGUCUUGAAAGCAAUGCAAGCUACAACGAUAAAGACCAUGAAGGUAACGAAUGGACAGAGCCCCCACGACAAGCAGAAGAUUGUGAAGGAAAUCCAGGUAGAGAUGCCCAAGAAGUCUGGUCUGGAACCUAGCAAUAAGCAGAAGAUUGUGGAGGAAAUCCAUGUCGAGAUGCCCAAGAAGUCUGGUCUGGUCAUUAGUGAGUUGCAAAGGAUAGCGGAGGAAAUCCAGGUGAGGAUGCUCAAGAAGUCUGGUACUUCCGACAAAGGCUUGGAAUCAGUGCUCAAGGGCAUCCUCGCUAAGGACAAUGAAGGGUCACCAGAUGGUCUUUUGGACAGUGGCGCGAGUCACCCUAUGAGGUCAGCUCCGACGUCGGAGUACGAAAGUGGCAGCCCAGUUUCUGUGACCCUAGCCGGAGAAGAUGUUAAGGUUCUUCGACAGAACAGACAAGGGACAAUAUUGGUUGAAGAAGAACAGGGACCGGUGCAGUCUAUCGUGCCCUUGGGUGCAAUCAUCCAGGAGUUGGGGUACACGUUGCACUGGGGUCCGAAGCACCUCAAGCUCGCUCAUCCCGAAAAAGGUCCCAUCCGGGUGAAGGUCAACAACAACUGUCCUGAAGUUGCAGCAUGUGAUGCUUUGGCUUUGAUACGUGAGCUGGAGAUGAAGCAGGUGAAGGAGUUGACGUCUUCGGUGAAUACGUUGCGCGCGAGGCUGGAAGUCUUGAAACUAGAGGAGAAAAGAGAUUGGACCGAGCUGUUGAAGGAGUACAUGUCUGAUGGACAGAGGAGCACCCUUCUCAAAGCGUUGAUGAAGUGUCCCUUUACAAAGGGGCUUCCAUCAGAGGUCCAGUCUAUGCUCCUGGAGGACUUCAACCUGAAAGAUGGAGAGAAGUAUUUGCGUAAUCUUCCAUUGACCAGAAGAAAGAGGCGAGCUUUGUUGACGUCAUCCAAUUGGGUGGUGUCGCUGUUCAUGGGAGAGAAGGAUGCAAAGGAUCCGUUCAAGAUGGUGCCAAUGGCAGGAAAGAUCCUCUUGGAAGUUGACAUGAAGUAUUCAAAGUUGUGGGAUUUCAACAAGGGUCUAUCUCCACUUCAACAACAACGAGCGCAUCAAGAAACCGCUUAUGCUGUAAAGCAGAUGUUGGUUUGGACAAUGGCCACAAUGAAGGGUCAAGGCAACAUUGGAUUCCUUAUGGAGCUACCUGCCGAUCCAGAAUGGCACAUGGAGACGGAGUACCCCUACUCUACCUUUUGGAGGACGGAGCUAUGGAAAAGCUUCAAGUCGGUCUCAGGUAUGUGCACAGCGUCCUUCAAUAUGGGGGCCUAUGGACACAGAACAAAAAGACCAACCAAGGUGGGAACGAACUAUCCUGCUAUAAUCCAGAUGGAGGGGAACUACGACUUCAAUGAUCAAUGCGUUCCACCCUCUCUUCUAACGAGGUCUACGACGAGGCAAUGGUCAGAUGGGUUCAAGAAGAUUGUCAUGGAAUCGUUGUCUGAUUUUCACGAGGGCUUGAUUGCAGAAGAGGAAGCCUUAGCGGACCUUGGAGUGAAGUUGACCAAACUGACGAAGGAACAGAGGGAAGGAUGGAGGAACCAUUUGUUGAACGACCAUCAGCCUUACAGGGCAGACUGUGCUGUGUGCAUCAAUGCCCAGGCGAAUGGCUAUCAACAUCGGCGACGACGCCACCCACACUUGUAUACGGUUGCGCUGGAUGUUGCGGGUCCUUAUGCUACAAAGGGCAGAGAUAUGGAGAAUGAAGAUUACAAGUACAUGCUGAUUGCUGCGUAUCGAUGCCCUCGGGACUACAUGAGCAUGAAGGCGCUAUCAGAAGAAGAAAGAGAGCUUUAUGUUCCUGAUGAAGAUGAAGCUGGUGAAGGUGGCCCAGAGGACCCAUUCGUGCUUGAGGAGGAGGACUCCUUAGAGAAGGAAAGUGUUGAACCCACAAGUGAAGAAGAGGAUAAACCGAUGGGACCGAUAACUCUUGAUGAGGAGGUGGAAAACCUGACCAAGAAGAUUGAAAUCGAGUUCACUUCACGAAAGCUUCUGAGCGAAAAGAAUUACGACUUGAAUGAAGUUGUGAACUUAUUCUACAAGCUCGAGGAGUUGGGGGACACUGACUUUCGCGUCGGCAAGAAGGUCGCCAAGCAGUUUGCAGGGAAGGAAAAGUUCACGGCGGUUGGAGUGGUGAGGAACUCGAUGUUGGGAAUGCACCGAGACAUCCACAACUACAAAAAAUCCAUGAAUAUAGCGGUUCCGUUGACAACCUUUAAAGGAGGCGGACUUUGGCAACAUGAUCCCGAGAUUGAGGAGGAGCUCGGCAUCCCGAAGUAUCUACCAAAUGGGCAGUUGCUCAAAGGAAAAAUUCAGGAAGCAAAAAGAGGAGAACCCAUUCUGUUUUCCCCGUCAACAUGGCAUGAAGUUCAACCUUGGGAAGGAGAAAGGGUGAUGCUUUUGAUGUACACUCCGAGGGCAACGAAGCUCAAAGAAGGUGAACUGAAUCUUCUACGGGAACAUGGGUUUGAAGUUGAUCCUGGAGCCCUUCACAAAGAAGAAGAAGAUCAUGAUGUUCAACCAGAAGAUAACGCAAGGCUCUCUGCUUUGCGGGUUAAUGAUCUUCAUACUACAACGGCCUUUUUCGAGUUCAACGACUUCGAGGAUGCAAGCAUCGAACAAGUUCUUCCUUCAACAGCGACGACAAGAAUGCAAGAAAUCUCCUUGAAAAGGGAAGCAGGUGCUGUGUUGAAGAAGGCAGAGGUUCAGUACACGUCCAACAUCGAAGAGAUCCUGAAGGAGUGCGUGAAAAAGAAGCAACCUCUUGAUGUCACUCACACAGUCAGCCUUCAGGAUGUGAAGCGCAACUUGGAGGCAUGGAAGGCUUCGGCUGUUAAAGAGUACGAGAACUUGAAGAACAACAAGCGCGCGUUCGUCGUGAAAAAACGUCAUGAACUACCACCAGGGUGCCAAAUCAUACCGUGCAAGGGUGUUUUCACAACAAAGCCCGACAAGAAUGAAUUUUUCAGACGGAAAACAAGGUUUGUUGGAUGUGGCAAUCAUAUCCCGGAUGGACAAGAAGACAUGGACCUCUUUGCAACGGGCAUUGAUGCUACUUCCUUGCGGACGAUGAUAGCGUUUUCGAUUGACAAACCUUGGCAGUUUGGGACCACGGACAUACGUCAGGCUUUUGUUCUAGCUCCCUGGAGAGGUCAACGUGUUGCACUACAACCACCCCAAAUAGCCUACGAGCUGGGAUUGGCAGAAGUCGGCGACUACUGGCUGGUCGAGAUGGCCCUGUAUGGGCUGAGACAAAGCCCAGCACUGUGGUCGCAGUUCAGGGAUGAGCAGUUAUCAAUGGCCAGGUUCACCGCUAAGAUUGAUGGCCGUGAAGAAGAACUUAGAGUUGUUCAAAUGGUCGCUGACAACCAGAUCUGGAAAAUCGUGCGGUGCAAUGGUGAUCAAGAACCUCUUGGCUUUGUGAUGGUGUAUAUAGAUGACCUCUUGGUGAAGGCUCUCCCGGAAGCGAUGGAUGCCUUUUAUCAAUGGGUGGCGGCUCGAUGGGAAUGCGACGGACUUGAUGUUCUACGAGAAGGGAACAAGGUUGUUGUACCUCAAGGAUUUGUUCGAGCAAACUAUGCCGGCAGGUACGUCUCCAGUGCCAACAAUACCAACAACGACAAUGCAGUCUUCCUCAUCAAGUGA